AUGAAGAAGAUACAUUAUGAUCCUGAAUCUCUUACUUCAAUCGAACAAUAUUUUAAAAAUAAUGAAUUAAAUCCAAAAGACGAUCAAUCCAAUUCUAUAAUUUUAAUUAUUCUCGCUCAUAUAGUUGCUCUUACUUCUAUUACUCCUUCUACUACUAAAGCUAAAUUACAGGAAUACCUUAUAAGGAGAAUAGAAGAUCCAAUUUCAAAUAACGUUAUUUCCGCUUAUAUGUAUAAGUAUGAUGGUGCAGAGAAGAAUGAUGAUAUUAAACAAUAUGAGUUUGACAAUUCUAUGAAGAAAGUAAAAAGUAUAAAAGAAGAAACAGUUAAAGUAGCAAAUACUAAUAGAAAAACAGAGAAUGAAGAAGGUAAAACAAAUAUAAGUAAAUUGAAAGUAAAGAACUUAUCUGAAAGACUUGAUAAAGAAUAUUAUCAAAAAUCUGCUAAUAAGGAAAAUAAAAGUAGUAAGAGUAUUGUGAUGAUAAAGAAAAUAAAAUUAUAA